AUGAGGCAUCCAUUUCAUAAAAAAUCAAAUUUGUCUCCCAUUAUGACAAAAAACAAAACUAUUAUAAGUUAUCUUAACUUGCUAGAAUGUGAUAUAACCGCACUUAUUUUCUCACAACUACCAAAAGAUAAAAAAAAUUUAACUCCUAAACUUAUUCACGCAUUAAACUCCCUUAUGUUUAAUCCCACAAUUAUCAUAAAAAAGGCCGACAAAGGAGGGGGCAUUUGUAUUUUAGAUAAAACUGACUAUGAAGAGAAGAUCUCUCUACUUUUAUCAGAUAAAAAUACAUAUAAACUACUCGCAGAAGACCCAACAAAAAGUAUAGCGAGAGAUGUUAACAAUCUUACUGACUAUAUAUUUCUUCAUCAUAUGAUUGAUAAAAAAACAUCAGAGCUUCUACGACCAAAAACACCCCUUCGUACACCCCUGUUUUAUGGCCUUCCCAAGAUUCAUAAGAUAGACACUCCCUUAAAACCAAUUGUUUCUGAUUGUGACGGACCAAUCAAUAACUUACCGUUCUUUAUCACAGAAUUUAUUCAGCCAGUUGCUGAACAAUUAACAGCAUACUUUAAAGACUCAACACAUUUCCUUAAACUCCUUCAAUCUCAUGUACUAGAAACCAACAAUUACAUUCUUGUCACGGCUGAUGUUAUAUCUUUGUAUACAAACAUUCCUCAUCGCGAGGGUAUUGACGCUGUAAAAUUUUAUUUAAAGAGAGCACCGCCAUUUAACGGACCCAUUAAACGCCCACCUAUUGCUUUUAUUGACAUUAUAUUAGAAACAAUCCUAACCCACAGCAACUUUCAAUUUUCGACUGAUCAUUUUUUACAAUUAACAGGGUGUAAACAAAAUAAUCAUGAUCAAGGAAAACAUGUACAUAGUGAUUGUUUACUUGCUCCAAUGAAAAAACUGCAUCAUUUUGAGAUACAAGUAAAACUUGUUCAUUGUCUACAAUAA